AUGGCCCUCUCUUUCCUUGAGGAGCUGCUCCACUCUGGCGAUGAUGAACAGUACCUCGGUGCCUUGAUGUGUAUCGGCAACACGCGAGAGGUGCAAGACAGGUUGUUCCCCGCCAUUGAAACCUAUAAGCGGGUUCUGGAAAUGCAGACAGCAAAUCUCGGCUCCAAUCACCUUGAUCCGCUCAUGAGUGUCCGGAGGUUUGCUUCACUAUUUUAUCGCGCAAGCCGCUAUCAGGACGCGUUAACAUGGGAGAAUAAAGCCGUUUCAGGGUUUGGAAAAUUGGGCAUUGACGGGGAAGUCGAGGGCUGCAAAUCACUAGAUUAUCUAUCUUGUGUAUACCUCCCCCUUGGGCGUUUCCAGGACGCCACUAAAGUGCAAAAGAAAGCCGUUGAGGGGUUUGAGAAGGUGCUUGGAACACAGCAUCCUUCCACUUGGAAAGCGACAUUGGACCUGGCGGACAUAUAUCGAGCCAUGGAGAGGAAAGAAGAUGCCGUGAGGUUGUAUGAAAAGACUUUGAAAGGCUACGAAGCAUAG